UUUUUUCGUCUGCCACGAACUAUGACCCUCAGACUGUACCACUGAAGCAGGGUAGGGGGUUACCAGUCACCGCCUGUCAAGCUCAACAGAACUUCAAGGAAAGCCGACUUGACGUGGCACUGGGGAUGUCUAGUGACCAAAUAAUUACUGCAGGUAAUCGUCAAGGCGGUGCGAUACAGCUGCAGUACCAACAGCAGUAAAUAACGGUCGCUUUUGAUACAUGCAAGGGAAGGAACAUGCGUCGCAAACUAAAUACUGAAGGUCAUUUAAGGCUGCCUAACAUUCCAAACAGCGCAGGUUAAAGUUGACGGAGUGAAAGGUGGCGGCCGUUCGCUCCAUGUUGUUGUUGUUCCUGUGCUCUACUCUCACGGGUCGUGCCGGGGCCGGUAAAGUGUUAAUGAUGGGGCCGAGCGGCAGUCACUGGCUCAACCUGGUCUACCUGGCGGAGGGUCUGAUCAAAAGAGGCCACGAGGUUGUUUCCCUAGUGCCGUCUAACCUGUACGCCAGUCAGCAGAAGGCGCUCACCUCCCCCACACGACUCAAGAUACGGCUGGAGAAAUAUCAGGUCCCGCUGGAAGGUGAUGUAUUUGAUCGAAUGAUGCAGCUCCAGGUCCAAUUCUCACUUGGAGAUGCCCAGGAGUUCUCUGCCUUUGGGUUCGCCAAGAUGAUCUUUGAUAACUUUGGUGACGCCGUCAACUUCGGCAGGGUGGAAUGCGACACUCUGCUGCAGAACCAAGAACUGCUGUCCAGGUUGAAGGACAUGAACUUUGACAUCAUCAUCAUAGAUCCCAUGGCCGUCUGUGGGAGCAUCUUAGCACGGCUGCUCAAGGUUCCGCUCGCCAUCAUGGAAGCCCCGGCCAUCGCGACCUUACACCUGAGCCUCACCAGUCAGGUUCCCGUUCCCAUAGCAACGUACUACUCCCACAGGACGGGGUUCAUGCAGAGUCUGAAGAACCUGGGAUAUCACCUGCAUGGGGCUGUUAGCCAGUCUGAUGGUGGGAACAUGGAUCCGCUCGCAUCCCGGGCUCUCGGGUACCAGGUGACGAUUGUGGAGCUGUCGGCAGAGGCAGACCUGUUCCUUAUGCGGGAAGACUCCAUCGUGUACCCCCCACACCCACUCAUGCCCAACAUGGUACAGAUAGGGGGGUACCACGUGCAGACCGUCAACCCCCUGCCUAAGGAUCUUGAAGAUUUUAUGGAGUCUUCAGGAGAUGCGGGCGUGGUCGUCUUGUCCUUUGGGUCCUAUGCCAAGGUCAUGGGCAGGAGGAAAGCUGAAAUGUUGGCUGAAGGCCUGGCAAGGGUGCCAUUCAAGGUCAUCUGGAAGUUUCAAGGUCAAAGGCCAAAAAACACCGGAGAGAACACCCUGUUAAUGGACUGGAUCCCACAGAAUGAUCUACUGGCUCACCCGAAGACACGUCUGUUCAUCACCCACUGUGGCAUUAAUGCCGUGUACGAGGCAAUGUUCCAUGGCGUGCCCAUGGUCAGAGUUCCCGCUUUCGCAGAGCAGCAUGGGAACAGCAACAACCUGGAGACCCUGGGAACGGGAGUCACCCUGGACAUCUUCACCAUGACCUCGGAUGACCUUUAUGAAGCCAUCAUGGAGGUCGCCAACAACAAAACGUACAAAUCUAACGCUGUACGGCUGGCACAGCUCCAGCGAGACCAGCCGCAGUCUCCCAUGGACCGUGCCGUCUGGUGGAUCGAACAUGUCAUCAGACAUGGCGGCCUGCCGCACCUCAAGUCAGCUGCACGCCACCUCAGCCUGCUGCAGUACCACCUGCUGGACGUGGUGGCGCUGCUGUGUGUGGCAGUGGUGGCAGCAGGGCUUUUUCUGUGGCUCUGCUGUCGGUGCUGCUGCCGAGUUUUGUGUGGGAAGAAAACAGCUGCCAAACAGAAGCAGCAGUGAGAAUGUGUAAUACUCUGUGUGGAGUCAAGAAAUAGUCCUGUCCUUGGUGCUGAAAAUUGAUACCAUGGCAAACUUGACACUAUGUGUUUAUAUACCUCAGAGUCUAUGAAAUAAGGACACUAACCUGUCCUUGGUGCUGGAAACUAACCUGUCCUUGGUGCUGAACACCACCCUCAGUAAGGAAACAGGUCCUUUUAAAGCAAAGUAGGCAACAAACAUCACUAUCAUUCCUUCUGCGUAAUUAACAAUUGCUUGGAGAUGACCAAGGCCCAGCCAGGAAAUGUUGCAUACACUUAUUUCAGCAAUGAUAAAAAGCACUUGGUGUAUUCAGAGUGGAGACAGUUUGCCUUUUAAUACGUCUUAACAGGACAAUCAGAAAAUGGUGCGAUCUUCCCUUCCAACACCAGCAUGGAGAUUACAACAUUCAAACUCAACCAUGAAGUGUUGCAUACCUUUAAUGCACCAAUAGCCAUAUACAGACACAGAUAUACCAAGAUUGCCAUACAAAAACGGAAUUUCUACAAUAAAUAUCGAGUAGUGUUCACCUUCUCCAUAAGGUCUGUAUGUACAGGCUGACGUCUAGUUUCAGCACUUUUCAUGAGCCACCAUAGCUGACAGUGGAGACACGUGGGCAUCUAGAGGCUACAAACGUUCACAUCAAACUACUCUAACAACUACAGACAAAAUUAAACUCAGAAAAAGAGCUAAAGUCAGCUGCCUGUUGACACUGUGUACAGUAAUACAUGGACAUGAUGCAGUACAGAUCAGAGUGCUUCACAUGUACUAGAAUAAAAGGUACAGCAGGCAUAGUACAAAGUUUUUUUGUUUGAUCCAAUGCAAAGGGACACUCACCAUGGCCAUAGAAACUUGUCUUUCGUGAUGAAUCUUUUCAUUCUAAGAGCUACAACAGGCAUAGUGCAAAAUGUUUUUAAAUCUAAGCUCUAGCACACAUUGAAAUACAAUUGUAACUGUUCCACUAACCAUAUAACACCCCUUGUAUUAGAUCAAACCUUAACACCUUUGUGCUAUAUCUGUAAACCCCAACACAGAUGUGAGCUCUUGUUCUAAGAGCUACAACAGGCAUAUUUAGAACUCUGGAUUUUCAUAUUUUACAUGGACCCUCUCUACUCCUGGCCUACUGCAACUCUAGCACCAUUGGUGAUGUGACGUCUCCACAGUCAACAACUCUACAGUCGGCGUUCCUGUCUACAGUCAGUAAAAAACAUGUUCACCAGCAAUGGUUCACCCAUGCAUGUGGGCAGUUAUUUUACAAAAUGGUCUUAAGGGUUAAAACUCUAAGUGUAGCUGUGAAUGUACAUCUUUAGGCCGAUCUUUCAACAAUCAUUUGCUAUUCAAACAAAAUGAAUAAAACAGUGUAGAUGAUGACUUGUUAAAGAAAUUAGGAUAUGUUGUAUGUCGACUGAUUCUGGAUGUAAAAAUGGCUGUAGUUUUCUUAUUCAUUUGCAAGGAGUCUUACAAAUAAAUAUUUUUGGAGUAUGAAAUACGAAUAAGAGAAAUAUGUAGUUGUACUAACCCCUCAGACAUGGGUGAAGCACAGUGGAAAUAUUUCUACCUGCCAACAAGCCUCCUCACUCCUUUAACAAUCCUAACAUAACACAGCAGAGAACGGUAAGUGUACUUGCUAUAUAUUCUAAAGGCUACAGCUAAAUUUUGUACAUCCUAGAAUAAGUCAGCUUUAGUCCGGAGAUAUCUAAAGAUGCACCAUUAUUAUUCUGUACAAACAUAAUGUGCAGGAAUUCUUUUAAAAGCAGUAUUCUUCAUAUUGUGACUUUACAGAAUAACUGCAUUGUAUGACUGAAGUAAAAUCUCUUUUGUAACUUUUA